AUGGCAAAACAAACCAUUGUUCUUCCUCUUAUCGUUUUCUUCUUAGCGAUUGUCUAUGCCGCCCCAUUCGCCACCGCCGCCAGGGCCUACGGCCCUACCGACAGUGGUGAAUCCGAACCACCGAUUGACAAUUCAAGCAAUGAAUCUUUGGACUACUUGGAAAUCCCUGACACUAGAGGCAUAAUUGGCCCGCUAUCAGGUGGGCCUAGUCCUUACGCUGAUAUGUUGGGAUCACCGGUUCCUUAUGAAUUCUACUCACCACCAGAUCCUACCGAGCAUGACCCGGUACCCACUGCUUAUGAAGAUUACGCAUUUGUCCCGACUCCUGCUCCGGCUCCCGCUAUCGGUGCCGAUCAAUACUGA